CAUUGGCACCGCCACAGCCGUUCAUCACCGCGGCGGCGCCUGCGUGUGCGGGCAGCAAUGGCCACUGCCGCGAGGUACCCGGCAGCGGCGCCGCGCAGCUCGGCCACUGAGGGACUGCCGCGCCUGCUCAACAACAAGUACCGGCUGGAGCGGCGGGUGGGUGAGGGCACGUACGGGGUGGUGUACAGGGCCACGGAGCUGGCCAGCGGGCACACAGUGGCGGUCAAGGAGAUGCGGCCUGACGACAGCGAGGAGGGGGUGCCCAGCAGUGCCCUGCGCGAGAUAGCGCUGCUGCUGGAGCUGAGGCACGACAACGUGGUCAGGCUGCGCGAGGUCACACGCGACCUGUCGCGCCCCGACCCAGCCGCGGCGGCUGCAGCGGCCGCAGCGGGCGGGCGCUACCCGGGCGGCGGCGGCGGCGGUGGUGGUGCGGGCGGCGGCGACAGUGCGCAGCUGUUCCUGGUGUUUGACUUUGUGGACAUGGACGUGCACCGGCUGAUGCAGCUGUACCCGGCACUGGGCGCCAACGCGCAGCUGGUCAAGUACCUGACCUACCAGCUGCUGUGCGGGCUGGACUACUGCCACCGCCGCCGAGUGCUGCACAGGGACCUCAAGCCACAGAACCUGCUGGUGGAUGUGCGGGGGGGCGCCAACUCACUCAAGAUCGCGGACUUCGGACUCAGCCGCGCGUUCGGGGUGCCAGUCAGGCUGCUUAGCCCCGAGGUUGUGACCCUGUGGUACCGCCCUCCCGAGCUGCUGCUGGGCGGGCGGCUGUACGGCAGCCCCGUGGACCUGUGGAGCGCCGCCUGCUGCGUGCUUGAAGUCAGCAACAGAUGGCCGCUGUUCCCGGGGGCCACGGAGAUCGACACCCUGAUGAAGAUCUUUGAGAAGCUGGGCUCACCCGAUGAGGCCAGCUGGCCGGGCCUGGCCGACCUGCCGCACUGGCGCCCGCAGAUGCCCAAAUGCCCGGGCCGCAGCUGGGAGGAGAUCGCUCCGCGCCUGGAGCCCGCCGGCCGCGACCUGAUGCGCCGCAUGCUCACAUACGACCCCGCGCAGAGGAUCACUGCCGCCGCCGCGCUGCGCCACCCCUACUUCGCAGACAUAGGCCCGCUGCUGGAGCACCCGCCGCAGCUGUAGCCGACUAGCGUAGUGGGCUGGCUGGCUGGCUGGCUGGCUGGCUGGCUGGCGAGGGUGGGGGCGUGGGCGUGGACGGGAAGACAUGAGGUACGGUACUGGCUGCUUGUGUGUUGACUGGGCGGCGGGCCGGUCGCAUUGCCCCAUGAGUAAUGGGCGGGGUUGGUGCAAGUUGGCGGUGAUGGGUGGAGCACUGCAGGUGCCUGGGGUGUGAGGUGGUGGCUGCUGCCAUGGGGUGGCUGGGCCGGGCGGGUGGCGUAUGCCACCGGCAGGACGGGUGGCAUGAAGGGGCGGGGGGAUUGCGCCAGUGCGUUACAAAAAUGUGGCUAUGUUGCGAUGUCAUUACGCCAUGACCCCAGUAGGGACAGAGAGAUGACAGGGGGGGGGGUGUCGAUGGAGGCGGGUGUCAUGGAAUCAACCAUUUUGGGACAUGCAGAAUGUUUAGUCGGAUGAGCCCGCCGUAUGUGCUGCCGGUGUCUUUGUGCUGCAUCACAAAGCGCAAGCACACAGGGGCGUGAGUCCGAGGCUCGGAACUACCGUAUACUGCCGUACUGCAGGGGAGCGACGUGUCGGCCCGUAUGAGCUGGUCGAGCGUAGCAAGUAGCCCCGAGUGGCGGCUGGGUCUGGUGGUCACGGCCUUACGGAGUCAGUGGCAAGGAGGUUAAUUUGUGGCAAGAAGGAUGGUCCGAGGGGAAUGGGGCUGAGCCGGGCUGAGCCCAAGCCAUAUCGUCGCCGUUUCGUGGCCCUUCGAGGCCGUAGGUGUCGACACUACCUCAAGU